CUCCCCUUUGUCUUUUUUUUUUAUAUAUAUAUUUUUAUCAAUAAUAAACAUGCCAUUUUCUGAGGCCAUCGAUAAUCGAUCUACGCUUAGUGCACCAAAUCAACCAUCAGGCAAUAAUGAAGAUGUGCCUGAUUUUACCACGUUUAAAUUAGAAGGAUUUAAAAUGAAUUCAUCGACAGAAAUCAACCCUUCACCACAUCGAUUACGUGAAGCACGCAGAUCCCUCGUGUUAUUUUUAGAACCUAACCCGGGAACACCUAUCCAAACAUCAUUUCAAACGUUUCAAGAAAAGACCAUCAUUCAAUUUGGCCCUAAUCAAGCGCAUAAUACGCCUUUACAUAUAUCCAUUCUCGGCAGAGUAUUGAUUGAACGAGGUUCGGAUUUUUCCACUAAAUGGGAAACAGUAGAAGAGUUUGUUGAAGUGUUGGAUGAAGAAAUAGCAAGACAUAAAUUAAAAGCUCCCAAUUUCACGAGUUUUGAAAUUCUGGAUAAACCAACUCGAUCUCUUGUGAUUAACGUUCGAGUGAGUUCAGAUUACCACAACUUAGGUAAAGCCAUUGAACAACGCAUGGCUUCGAAAUGUACAGCGUUGGAAGUCAGUCCCAUGAACAAAAUCCAUCUUGCUUAUAAUGUAUUGAAAUCAAUUUCAAGACCUGCUCUAAAGAACUUGAAAGAGAAAGCAGAAUCGACUAUUGAUAUUUAUGACUGGGUAAAGACAGGCGGGUCCUGGAGACUUUCUCUUUAUGAAGUCAUGUUGGAAAGUCAAGUAGUGGGUGUACAACAACAAUUAACCGAAAUUCGUUCUUGGCCUAUUCAACCCAAAUCACAAGAUUCUUUUGCAUCCAAUUUACCUGUCUCACUUCGUAUCAAAUUAGCUUUCCUUUCCUCUUGGUUUAAAUCCUCUUCCUUCUUACCUAAAAAGCCAGCUCCUCCUCCUGUACAACCUACCAACGCCAUGGUUAUCCGUCGUAGAGCUCCUCAACAAACCUUUUAAUCCCUUUUUUGUUGUCUUUAUCCAAAACACACAUACACACUCUUUUCUUUCUCUCUUUCUUUUUUUAAAAAAAAUAAAUAAAAUAUACAAUAUAAAUAGAUUUCAUACUAG